AUGGGUAAUGACGGCGGCUCAAUUCCCAAGCGUCGAGAGCUUGUCAAGAACGCAGCUCGAUUGCCGACAGUAUCCGAGCUUAAGGCGACUAUUCUCGAAUCCCUUGGCCAUGCCUGGUCGCAUUGUGCGCUCAGCGAUGCGCCGCUUGAUAUGGACACUGCAGUGUCGGACGCCUCUGGCCGACUUUAUAACUACGAGGCCGUCUUGAAGCACUUGCUGCCGUCUGAAGAACCUGCAAACCCCGACAACGUUUCGAUAAUCAUUCGAUCUCUCCGCGAUAUUGUGAAGCUCAAGUUCAUGAACCGGGGCGGCAAGUGGAUUUGCCCAGUCUCUCUGAAGGAGCUUGGCCCAGCCACCCGAUCGGUAUAUAUUGUACCCUGCGGCCAUGCAUUCGCCGAAGUCGCCGUCACCGAAAUCAUAGAAGAUUCCUGCCCCGAAUGCAAUAUCGAGCGCCUUGUGAAGAGAAUGGAGGACCUCAAAUCGAAGGGUCUGUGCCACUCCAUGAAAAAGGACAAGUCUGAAAAGAAGAAGAAGCGCAAAGGGGGCGAUGUUGCGCGAGGCGACGGAGAUAAAGGGGAACAGAACGGAACUAUAAAUAGGAACAAGAAAGCGAAAAUGGACGAUGCUAGGAUAAGCGGAAUCAACAAUCCCUUGGCCGCCAGUCUCACUGCACGUGUUCUGGCAGAGCAGGACGAGAAAAAUAAGCUGCGGCACUUGGUCAAGACUGCCUCUAGAGGGCGAUAG